CACGUGGGGCAGGCGCGUCAGAACGCCGGCGACGCAGGAGGCAGUUAGCGCUCGCGAACACAGCAUGUCGACGACCGCACCGCCAGCCAAGCCCCAGGACCGCGACGGGUGCUGGAAGACACGCUACACUGUGCUGCUGUUAAAUCUUCUGGGCCUGGCCGUUAGCUACGCGACGCGCGUCAACUUGUCAAUGGCCAUUGUGGACAUGGUCAACAACACGGCGCUGCUCGACCACUACACCGCCGCCGGCGUCGAUGUCGUCGCUGUCGACGACUCAUGUCCGAGAGAGGUGGUGCCUGAGGCCUCAGCCGCUAGAAAGGACGGGGAGUUCGUGUGGGACAAGCAGAAGCAGGGCGAGAUCCUGGCGGCCUACUACUACGGCUACACUGUCGGACACGUACCUGGAGGUGUACUGGCCGAUCGUUUCGGCGGCAAGCUCGUCUUCGGGUGCGGCAUCUUCCUCUCGUCUGUCCUCACUAUCCUGACUCCGGUGUCAGCCUGGGCUGGCGACUAUGUGCUGUUCGCCAACAGGGUCGGCCAAGGAUUAGUACAGGGUGGUAUCAUACCGGCUAUACAGACAAUUAUCUGUAGAUGGGCGCCUGAUCACGAGAGAAGCAAGUUUUCUGUCAUUUAUCUUGGAGUGUUCGGAGGAACUCUGGUGUCGAUGGCAGUGUCAGGCGCGCUGUGCGAGACGGCGGUCGGCUGGCCCCUGGCCUUCUACUUCUUCGGCGCCGUCGGGUUGCUGUGGUGCCUGCCGUGGUGUCUGCUCGCUCAAGACUCACCGGCGCAGCACCGGAGCAUCGACCCAGUGGAGCGUCGCUACAUUGAGGCUACAAUCGUGUCUAGUGCCAAGAAGAAGCUGCCUGUGCCUUGGAAGAGAAUCCUGCUGUCACCACCCCUGUGGGCUUUCGUCUCACUUAUGAUUACAUUAGACUGGACGUACUACCUGCUCAUCACAUCGCUGCCGCUCUACAUAGCCAACAUUCUUCACUUCGACGUGCGAAGCAACGGUUUCCUGUCCGCCAUUCCGCAAAUCACUGGUGUGAUUGGAAGCCUGCUGUUUGGUUGGGCUGGCGACGUAGUGUUUCGCAAGGGCUACAUCUCCAAAAUCAACGGACUCCGCGUCGUCAAUGGGCUGAGUACCCUGGUGCCCGCCGCGACGCUGCUGGUGGUGACUGUGGUGGGCUGCAACACGGCCGUGCUGGUGGCCAUGCUGGCGAUCAGUGGCUUCUGCAUCUCCACCUACUGCGCCGCGCCCUACAUGAACAUGCAGGCUAUCGCGCCCAACUACUCGGGCACCAUCGCCGGCAUCGUCAACAGCAUCGCCAACCUGACGGGCAUCGCAGUCCCUUACGUAGUCGGCGCCUUCACCAAUGCCAAUCAAUCACGCUCAGCCUGGAACUCCGUCUUCUACCUGUCAGCGGGGCUGGCUGUUGUCGGAUACCUCAUCUACGCCGUCUUCACGACUGACGAGGUGCAGCCUUGGAACGAGCCUGCCUCAGAUAUUGAAACCAAAGUACAUCAUGAGAGAGGUGUUGACAACGUCGCUUUUGACAACGACAACGACGGCAUUCAGCCUGGUGGACAGAGGUCUCUAGAUCCGUAGCACGUAGUUUGUUACCUAGACGCUUUUGUAUUACAUACAGAAUGGUGUAUAUGGUCACGGCCAAUACACAGAUUUACAAGUCUUGCACA